GUCUCACACAAGCAUUGGCAUACUGCCAUGAGAAGCAUGUGAUUCACAGGGACAUUAAGCCAGAAAAUUUGCUGCUUGAUCAUGAGGGCCGGCUGAAAAUUGCAGAUUUUGGAUGGUCUGUACAGUCGAGAAGCAAGAGACAUACCAUGUGUGGAACUCUGGAUUAUUUAGCCCCAGAAAUGGUGGAGAAUAAAGCUCACGACUAUGCAGUAGAUAAUUGGACUUUGGGCAUUCUCUGCUAUGAGUUCCUUUAUGGAGUGCCUCCAUUUGAAGCUGAAAGUCAAAGUGACACGUUUAAAAGGAUAAUGAAGGUUGAUUUGAAUUUUCCCUCGACUCCUCACGUUUCUUCCGAAGCAAAAGAUCUAAUUGGCCGGCUCUUGGUGAAGGACUCCUCUAGAAGACUUUCACUUCAGAAGAUAGUGGAGCAUCCCUGGAUAAUCAUGAAUGCAGAUCCAUCCGGUAUUUGCAGUAGCAGCAGGUAGAACAUCACUUCAUUUUUAACUAAUUUCUCUUGCUCAUGCCUCUUCAUUUAGGGUUGAGUGAAUAUCUGUGUGUAAUCUCUAUGUCAUGUAGCAUUCAUGAUUUAAUCAAAAUGUUGGAAAAAGUUGUUAGUGGCA